AUGCUCAUCAUCUCUAGGAUCAAGAAUAAGGCAAUAGCAUUUCACACUGCGGCCAAAAAACUUCAACAAGAGGCUAAGAGUGCUCUUGAGGGUACUCCACUCAAAAAACUUCAAACUGCUGCCAAUCAUGAAAUGACUACUCUAGUUCAGACAGCCGACGGACUUAAAAAAGAGGCUGAAAAGCUAGAUAAGGCAACUGACUCUGACAUCGUAAAGAAGUACCUAGCUGUGGCAAGAUAUUACAAAGCACUUGCAGACAAGAAAGAAUUCACAGAAGCACUAACAGACCCUUCAUCUAAAGAUACAGUAGAAAAAGUCACCAAAAAGUUUGACGCCCUUCAGAAGUCCUAUGAAAACGUCCUCAAACUUAGGGUUCAGGAACUAGCCAAAAAAUCAGAAACCCUUAAAAAUGUAGCCGAUACACUAGGUACUCAAGUUGCUGAACUUAGUACUCAAGCCACUCAACUAGCUACUGCAGCCAGUAAUGGUAGUCAUGGUCUUAAAGAGAAAGCAGCAGAUCUAGUUAAUGCUAUCAAAACUGAUUCACAAAUUGUUACCAAUGCCAUUGACGUCAUAAAACAAUUCGAAGCAGUCACAGAUAAGUACGAAGAACUAACAACUGCAGCUGAUUCAGGUGGUCAUAAAGAUAAACCUGCAGUUAAAGCUGUUGAUACUGCCUACACUGAUCUCAAUAAACACUACGAUACUAUUCUGAACGUAAAGAAGGCCACCACACUUAAGGGUGAAGUUGGUAAUGGUAGUGAUGAUAAGAUCCUUAAGAAGGCCAAAGACCUAUAUACUAAAGCCAGCUUACUAGCCGGUGCCCCUGGGCUAUCUAGUCAACCUGAAGAUACUCAAAAAGCCGAACUCAAAAAACUUGCAGAAGCACUCAAGACUGCAGUAGGAGCCAGUGUUGCCGAAGGUCUCCAAGGGGCCCUCAAUCAACUCAAAUCUGCUACUAAUGAUGCACUAAUUGUUGAAAAGGCCCUGGAGGUAAUCAAACAUUACGGUUUGGUCAAAGAUGCCUACGAUGCUGUUAAGGCAAAAGAAACUCAAUACACUACUGCUCUUAAAGGUACUGGUGGUAAAGAUGAAACAGACAAAUACACCGAUGUUACAUCUGGUUUCCUAGCACUUCAAUUCUGUCCACCUUGA